AUGGCCUCAAACAUUCAAACUAUCUCCCAGCUUCUGGACACAUCAUUGAUACCUCAUCAGAGCAAAGAAGCUGAGAAAUCUCUGAGAGCCUCCGAGAAUGCUCCAGGAUUUCCAUUGUUAUUGCUGCAAAUUGUGGCGUCCAACACGUUUGGCUUGAACACACGAUUGGCUGCUGCUUUGUAUUUCAAGAACUUGAUAGGGAGGAACUGGACUGAUGAGGAAGGGCGUUACAAAAUGAACAACGAUGAUGUUGUCGCCGUCAAGCGGGAAAUAAUCGGGCUCAUGAUCACCUCCCCACCAGCGCUCCAGGUGCAGUUGGGAGAAGCGAUCAGUAUUAUCGCUGAAAGUGACUUUUGGCGACGAUGGGAUACCUUGAUCGAUGAUCUUGUUUCUCGGCUCACCCCCGACAACCCGCAAGUCAACAACGGUGUUCUUCAAGUUGCACACGCAAUCUUCAAACGCUGGAGGCCGCUAUUCCGCUCUGACGACCUAUUUGAAGAAAUCAACCACGUUCUCGGAAAGUUCACAGAUCCACUUCUCAAACUCUUCAUAUCCACGGAUUCGCUCAUCGAACAAAAUGUCAACGAUAAAGUAAUCUUACAAGGCCUCUACCAAACUCUCAAUCUCAUUGUUAAGAUCUCUUUCGAUCUCAACUGCCAAGACUUGGCACCCGGUUUUGAGGAAAGUCUUCCUAACAUCAUGGGACUAUUCCACAAGUACCUCACGUACUCGAACGAUCUUCUUACGACUGAUGAUGAUGACGAGGCUGGUCCACUUGAAAGGGUGAAAGCUGGUAUUUGUGAAUUGUUACAGUUGUUUACACACAAAUAUGAAGAUGUGUUUGAAGAGAUGCUUCAGAACUUUGUAAAUUCAACUUGGGAGCUAUUGACAAAUCUUGGUUCCCAGCCAAAAUACGAUAUCCUGGUUAGCAAAGCCUUGCAAUUCUUGACGUCUGUUGCGGGAUCAAGUAGGCAUGCACAGAAUUUCAGUCAAACGGAAGUUUUGGAGCAGGUUGUGGAAAAGAUUAUUCUUCCAAACAUGGCCCUACGAACUUCAGACGAAGAGUUAUUUGAAGACGACCCAAUUGAAUUUAUUCGACGAGACCUCGAGGGCUCCGAUAGCGAUACUCGCCGAAGAGCAGCCACCGACUUUCUCCGGCAACUCCUUGAACAGUUUGACCAAAACGUUACUCAAGUUGUCUGGAAAUACAUUACCCACUAUCUUCAAGAUUAUAACAAGAACCCCAAGGUGAACUGGAGGUCAAAAGAUACAGCUCUGUACCUUUUCUCGUCCAUCGCUGCCAAGGGUUCAACGGAGCGUAAGGGUGUUGUUCAUACUAACCUUCUGGUUGAUGUAGUCGAUUUUUUCCAAAGCAAUGUCGCAGCAGACCUUAUUGCUCCAUUUGACGAUGUGGAGCCAAUCCUCAAGGUUGACGCAAUCAAGUACUUGUAUACCUUCCGAAGCCAGUUGACCAAGGAACAACUGUCGGGUGCAUUCCCACUUCUUGCAAAACAUCUUGCCUCGCCUAACUAUGUUGUUUACACAUACACUGCUAUCACCGUGGAGAGGCUGCUUGCGAUGACUGCAGAUGGGCAGCCGGUGUUCCACCCUGAGGAUCUGAAGCCUUAUUCCAACGAUCUUUUGCAGCACCUUUUUAGACUGAUAGAAGCCGGGGUUACCCCUGAGAAGAUUCAGGAGAACGAGUUCUUGAUGCGUUGCGUGAUGAGAUGUUUAAUUGUAGCAAAGGAUUCGACGGGUCCUCUUGUAGGGUUUGUCUUGGGCGAGUUGAUCAAGAUUACUGGAGAGAUUGCAAAGAACCCCAGUAAUCCGAGAUUUAUCCAUUACCACUUUGAGAGUCUGGGUGCCAUCAUUAGGUUCGUGGCCCCUCAUCAUCCAGAAGGCCUUGAAACCGCCCUUCAUGAUCCGUUUAUGAGUAUUCUUGGCCUAUACAUCACCGAGUUCAUUCCCUACGUCUUCCAGCUCCUCUCCCUCCUUCUUGAAAGCCACCCUUCGGCACCAAUCCCCCAACGGUACAAGGAUCUCGUCCCUCAUCUCCUUGCUCCAGCUCUCUGCGAGUCGCGCGGAAAUGUACCGGCUCUUGUCCGUCUUCUCCAAGCCAUCAUGGCGCGGGGCGCGGAUCACUUUGUCCAAAACAACCAGAUCUCCCCGAUUCUGGGAAUAUUCCAGAAACUUGUUUCAUCCAAAUUGACUGAAAUCCACGCAUUCGAGCUGCUCGAAGCUUGCUUCAUUUACUUCCCCGUCAAGUCUCUAGAGCCCUUCCUGAAGGAUAUUUUCAUUAUUCUGCUCACGCGUCUCAACGGCUCAAAAACCGAAGCUCUUUCCCAGAAGUUUGUAAGACUAUUCUACUUCCUGGCCUCUCGCGAUGCAGAAGGUUGCGGACCCGACUUUGUCGUGAAGGCAAUUGAUACCGUGCAGGACGGAAUCUUUGGACAACUAUACCAAGCCGUCGUUCUCCCGGAUACCCAGAAGCUCCAGAGGCCCGUGGACCGAAAGAUCGCUGUUGUCGGAUUGACCAAGUUUGUGGCGUUUAGCAGUGAGCUUGAAAACCGUUACCACAAGACUUGGCCUAGCACUGUCAUGGCGCUGUUGAAACUGCUUGAGAUGCCGCCUUUGCCUGUACAGGAGGGUGACAAUGCGGCGGAGCUUGUGGACGCAGACAUUGACGAUUUGAACUUUGGAAGCACCUACACUAGACUAAACACUUGUAAGACGAGGGUUGUAGAUAUGUUCCCGCAGGUGACAGGUGACCUGAAAAGAUGGUGUGGAGCGAGGAUCAGAGAGGGGAGCGCAGCUAAGGGUGGGAAGGUUGAGGAAUGGAUCAAGGCCGAAUUGCCAGAGGAAGCCAAAAACAUGUUGCGGAGCUAUAUGCAAUAG